GCACCCCAGCCGCAGCUCCCCGCGGGCGACGGGGCGCGGCCGCCGGGCGCGCAGGGCUUGAAGAACCACGGUAACACCUGCUUCAUGAACGCCGUGGUGCAGUGCCUCAGCAACACCGAUCUGCUGGCCGAGUUCCUGGCGCUCGGGCGCUACCGGGCGGCGCCGGGCCGAGCCGAGGUCACCGAGCAGCUGGCGGCGCUGGUGCGCGCGCUCUGGACCCGCGAGUACACGCCCCAACUUUCCGCAGAGUUCAAGAACGCUGUUUCCAAGUAUGGCUCCCAGUUCCAAGGCAAUUCUCAACAUGACGCCCUGGAGUUCCUGCUCUGGUUACUGGACCGUGUCCACGAGGACUUGGAGGGCUCUUCCCGAGGGCUGGGGUCUGAGAAGCUGCUGUCUGAAGCCAGUAAAACACCUGAGAACCUCCAGCCGUCAUCAGCUCAGCUUUCUGUGGGCCAGAGCUUUGUGCAAAGCCACUUUCAAGCACAAUACAGAUCUUCCUUGACUUGUCCCCACUGCCUGAAACAGAGCAACACCUUUGACCCCUUCCUGUGCGUGUCCCUUCCUAUCCCCUUGCGCCAGACGAGGUUCUUGAGUGUCACGUUAGUCUUCCCCUGUAAGAGUCAGCGGUUCCUGCGGGUUGGCCUGGCCGUGCCAAUCCUGAGCACAGUGGCUGCCCUGAGGAAGAUGGUGGCGGAGGAAGGCGGAGUCCCUGCAGAUGAGGUGAUCUUGGUUGAACUGUAUUCCAAUGGAUUCCAGCGGUCUUUCUUUGAUGAAGAGGACCUGAAUACCAUAGCAGAUGGAGAUAACGUGUAUGCCUUCCAAGUCCCUCCGUCUGCCAGCCAAGGGACACUCUCAGCUCGUCCGCCAGGUCUGCCAGUGUCCCCGCACCUGGCGGCCCGGGAGGGCCAGCGGUUCUCCCUGCCUGUCCACAGUGAGAACAAGGUGCUCAUCCUCUUCUGCAACCUCGCGGGCUCCGGCCAGAGUGCUAGCAGGUUUGGGCCACCUUUCCUGAUAAAGGAGGACAGAACCAUUUCUUGGGCCCAGCUCCAGCAGUGUGUCCUCAGUAAGGUCCGCUACCUCAUGAGGAGCGAGGCCCCUGCACAGAACCUGGAGUCUCUGUUCUCCAUCCGGGUUGUGGGGCUGUCCCUGGCCUGCAGCUACUUAUCUCCACAGGACAGUCGGCCCCUCUGUCACUGGGCAGUUGACAGGGCUUUGCACCUCAGGAGGCCUGGAGGCCCACCGCAUGUCAAGCUGGCCGUGGAGUGGGACUGCGCCACCAAAGAGUGCCUGUUUGGGAGCCUCCAGGAGGAGCAGGUCCCUGAUGCAGACAGCGUGUGGCGGCAACAGCAGGCACACCAGCAGCACAGCUGUACCCUGGAUGAAUGUUUUCAGUUUUACACCAAGGAGGAGCAGCUGGCCCAGGAUGACGCGUGGAAGUGCCCCCACUGCAAAGUGCUCCAGCAGGGCGUGGUGAAGCUGAGUCUGUGGACGCUGCCCGACAUCCUCAUCAUUCACCUCAAAAGGUUCUGUCAGGUGGGGGAGAGAAGGAACAAGCUGUCCACACUCAUUAAGUUUCCACUCUCGGGACUCAACAUGGCUCCCCACGUGGCUCAGAGGAGCACCAGCGGCAAGCCGUUGCCAGGUCCCUGGCCCUCCUGGAAGCAGCCGGCCAGCCUGCCCACCGCCUACCCACUGGACUUCCUGUACGACUUGUAUGCCGUCUGCAACCACCACGGCAGCCUGCAAGGUGGGCAUUACACAGCAUACUGCCGGAACUCUCUGGACGGCCAAUGGUACAGCUAUGACGACAGCACGGUGGAGCCAAUUCGAGAAGAUGAGGUCAAUACCAGAGGGGCGUACAUCCUGUUUUAUCAGAAGCGAAACAGCAUCCCUCCGUGGUCGGCCAGCAGCUCCAUGAGAGGCUCCACCAGCUCCUCCUUGUCUGACCACUGGCUCAUGAGGCUCGGGAGCCACGGCGGCAACAGCACCCGAAGCAGCCUGCUGUCCUGGAGCUCUGCCCCCUGCCCCUCCCUAGCCCGGGUGCCCGACUCUCCUAUCUUCACAAACAGCCUCUGCAGCCAAGACAAGGGAGGUUUGGAGUCCAGGCCUUUGGUUCGGGGUGGCCACGGCAGAAGCAUCAGCAUGAAGGCGCCCACCACAUCCCGAGCCAGGCAGGGGCCCUUCAAGACCAUGCCCCUCCGCUGGUCCUUUGGGCACAGGGAGAAGCAACCUGGUGCGUCUGUCGAGCUGGUGGAGUACCUGGAGUCCAGACGCAGGCCUCGUCGAUCUACCAGCCAGUCCAUUGUGCCUCUGCUCACGGGCACAGCGGGUGGGGAGCAGAAGUCAGCAUCUCCCAGGUCAAAUGGCACCCUUUCUGGUGAAGAUAGUGGCCAAGCUAAUGGGAGAGGACCAGCAAGGGUGCCCUGUCCCUCAGGCUACCCCAACCACCACCCGGCCACUGGAUACUCUGAGGCUCUAAACACAACCAGGACACGGAAGGAAAAUGCAAGUCAAGAUAUCCGGCUUCCCAAAAAGUUUGACCUGCCCCUCACUGUGAUGCCCUCCCUUGAGAAUGAGAAGCCAGCCCGCCCAGAGGGCCAGAAGACCUCAAACUGGAAGGGAAGCCAGAGCGGCCCACCGUCGCCCUCCACAGGUUUGUCCAGAAACUGUCAGGACAGUGGCCAGGGUACCUUACCCAAGAUGAGGGCCGCUGUGGACGAAAGGGCUUCGGAGAAAGACCGGCUCCCACAGGGGACUUUCACCCUGCUGAGGUCUGUGUUUCGGAGGAAGGAGACUCGGAAGGUGGACGGGGCCCCGGGCUUCCUGCCAGUGCUGCCGGUUUCCCUGGGGAGCGGCAGGCUGAGCCCCGCCGUGGGCGAGCAGGCUCCAGGCUCAUCUCCUGCGCUCCGGAUUCCGGAGGGCCUGGCCAGGGGCCUGGGCGGCCACCUGGAAAGGGAUGUCCGCUCUGCACCCAGCUCUCUCCACCUCCCUCGCAAGGCCGGGAGGCCCCCACGACCCGGUGCCGCCGGCUUCUCACAGAAGAGUGUGUCUGGGGAGCAGACUUCUUAUGGCACCUUGCAGAGGGUGAAAUACCACACUCUGUCCUUGGGGCGAAAGAAAGCCUUACCCGAGUCCAGCUUCUGAUGGGCGUUUCAGUACCGUGUGAAGUUGGAGGGAUGGGAAUUUGCACUGAGUAGCUGUGGGCAGUCUGUGUUCAGAGUGAAUUUUCAGGAAGCCAAUUGUCUUGUGAUCUGUGAAAGAAAAACAUGUUUUUGAUCUCUAUAAAUGGACUCUGAGCACCUCCUAUCCAAAUAACGAUGUCCAAAUACUGUACGUACCCUCUUGUAUCAUUGGGUGCUUUGAUAUAGCCUUGCCACUAGAGGGCGAUGUUGGGCCAAUAUUACCAUUUCCAGGCAAGGAGGGAUUAUUUUGUUUAAAUAACGUCUUGGUCUGAGUGCCUGUACUAAAAGAAUCCAGUGUCAGGUCGGAUAUUGUCACUGGAUUCUCUUUUUUCUUUAUUUCUUUGUUUUUAAAUAGUGGACUUACAAGGGAAAUCUUUUCCUUCGAAUGCUUCUGUGCAUACAUGUAAAAGAUGCCAAAACAAAAACAAAUAAUAAAAGAAAAGAGUGACAGCUAUGAUAAGAGAAGGUUCUAGGAGAAAUGGAAAAUAAAUGGUUGCUAUUUUAGGAGAGUAUUUAAUAUAUAACAAAAUAACUAUUAAACUUUUACAAGGUAUUUAAAAAAGAUAACUAUUUUGAUACCAGAGGAAAAAAAGGAAGCUUUAAAAAAUAUAACUAUGAGACCUACGUGCCAUUUUAAUAAAAUCAUGUUGGUGAAGUGCACAAAUGGCUUGCUGUGUUAUUAAAGCUUGGUAAGUGGCCUU